UGACCCUAGGUGGUUAAUGCUACCAGUGACCUCCAACGCCCAGGGCAGAAGACCUCAGGAGGAAAAUAUAUCCUGUGUCCCAGGCUCCUCCAGAGGCAGGCACACUGGAAGGGCACGACCAUGUGCGAGUUGUAUAGCAAACCGGACACCCUGGCGCUGCGGGGCAAGCACAUCGGGCCCUCUUGCAAAGUUUUCUUUGCUGCGGAUCCCAUCAAAAUAAUGCGAGCCCAGGGGCAGUACAUGUUUGACGAGAAAGGCCAAAGGUACUUGGACUGCAUCAACAACGUGGCUCACGUGGGACACUGCCACCCAGAAGUGGUCAAAGCCACGGCGAAACAGAUGGAACUACUCAACACGAAUUCUCGCUUCCUCCACGACAACAUCGUGGAGUACGCCAAGCGCCUUACAGCCACCCUGCCGCAGACGCUCUCUGUUUGCUACUUUACAAAUUCGGGAUCCGAAGCCAAUGACUUAGCCUUGCGCCUGGCACGGCAGUUCCGAGGCCACCAGGAUGUGAUCACUCUUGACCAUGCUUACCAUGGUCACCUGACAUCAUUAAUUGAGAUCAGUCCCUAUAAGUUUCAGAAGGGCAAAGAUGUCAAGAAGGAAUUUGUACAUGUGGCACCAACUCCAGAUACUUACAGAGGGAAAUACAGAGAGGACCACGAAGACGCAGCCACAGCCUAUGCAGACGAAGUGGAGAAAAUCAUUGAAGAUGCUCAGAGCAGAGGAAGGAAGAUUGCCGCCUUUAUUGCUGAAUCCAUGCAGAGUUGCGGUGGACAAAUUAUUCCUCCAGCAGGCUACUUCCAGAAAGUGGCUGAACAUGUUCGCAGAGCAGGGGGCGUGUUUAUCGCUGAUGAAGUUCAAGUAGGCUUUGGUAGAGCUGGGAGGCAUUUCUGGAGCUUCCAAAUGCACGGCAAAGACUUCAUUCCAGACAUCGUCACCAUGGGGAAGCCUAUGGGCAACGGUCACCCCGUGGCCUGUGUGGUGACAACCAAAGAAAUUGCAGAAACCUUCAGCAGCGCUGGCAUGGAGUAUUUCAAUACAUAUGGAGGAAAUCCAGUGUCUUGUGCUGUUGGGUUGGCUGUGCUGGACGUAAUUGAGAAAGAAAACCUUCAGGGAAAUGCUGUCCGAGUAGGGAAUUACCUCACGGAGCUACUGGAGGCACAGAAAGCUAAGCACCCUUUGAUAGGGGAUAUCAGAGGUGUUGGCCUUUUUAUUGGCAUUGAUUUGGUGAAGGACCAUGAGAAAAGGACGCCUGCAACAGCCGAAGCCCAGCAUGUCAUUUAUAAGAUGAAGGAGGAAGGGGUGCUUCUCAGUGCCGAUGGCCCCUACAGGAAUGUGCUCAAAAUCAAGCCACCCAUGUGCUUUACAGAAGAAGAUGCAAAGUUCAUGGUGGACCACCUUGAUGGCAUCUUAACAGUGUUAGAAGAAGUCACGGAAACCAAGAGUGAUGGGGUGAUCUCUGAGAAUACAGUUUGCAGAACAAAGGAAGUCCACGUGGAACAGCCCAACCAUGGCACCACGGAGUCCAGGGAAAACCACAGCAGAAAGAGAAACGGUGUAUGCUCAGAUCAGCGCACGCUGCUCAGCAAAAGACUCAAGACAUGAAGGAUGAGCAGUAAACAGCAGAUAAACAUCCAUGGAUAAAGAGAGCGAGUGGAUGCACUUCACCUCUUAGUCAUCCUGUAAACUAGAGUUUUCAGUCUGCCUAGUUUGUACAUCAAAGGGUAGAUUAGUAACAGCGAUAAACAAAGUGAUAAACCACGUCAACAUGAUUAGUUCAACCUCCGGCCUGUUGAUUCCUUACCUGCAAUUCUAGAAGUAUUUGUUCUCCUAAAACUGAAUUUUCAAAUGCAGAACUCAACUGAAUGCUGCACUUCUCUUGUCUUAAUGUUUGAAAUUAGAGAAACAAGCCAAGUGGAUUCCUUAAAUUCAGAGAAUUAGUACAUUGAAGUAUUUUAAUAUGAGAAAUACUCUAAAUUGGUUAAUAUAUAAAAUAUAUGGAUUUAAAUCAAAUAAAAGAUGAUAUAAACAAAGAUGAUGACUAUAAAAUGCAGCAAGCAGUACAGAUCAGAGCGGUGAAAUCAAAGUCAUUCCAAAUGGAACCACAGAGCGCAGAGGAAAAGCCAAGAUUCAUGGGGUUGAAUAUCAGCAGGUGCAGACACAGUGGCGGUUCUCACUACUAAACCCAGUGAACCACUAGAAAAACAUCUGCGUCUUAUAACUGCAACUUUGGGCCUACUGAUAAAGAAGUCUUGGUCCCAGGGUAAUAACUCUCCUGCUGUGUGGGAAGGGGAACAACGAUGGUUCCAUUGAACUGAAGGUUGAGACUGCUAAGUAGACACUCAGGGCUUCUCCUGCCACUGAAGCAACAGGUGAGAUUUAACAGGUAAGAUUUGUUGAUUUCCUUGCUAGUCCCCCCCGUCACUCCAUUUGAGAGCUAGACGUCUAUUCUGUGCUAUGGAACAUCAGUAGGAUGUAACUAAUUGAUUAUGCUUUAUGAGGGCUCAUAGAUAAGAGAUUGCUUUGCAGCCCUGCGGAGAUUGUUAGAAUCUGUGCUUUUGAACGGUGUUGGCACUACUAAGGAUUGGAUGGCUUUUCAAGGUGAGCUAAAUGUGUACUGCUUUAUAAGAUGAGUUGUUAUGAGGUUUUAGGGGCCAGGUAUGGAAUGUUAUCUUUUAAAGUGAUAUAUCAGGGUUCUUAAUCUUCAUUUUCAACUUGACUGUGUUUGGACUCACCUAGGAAACACAUUCGUGGGUAUGUCUAGAAGGGCAUUUCUAGAGAGGUUUAACUGGGAAGAAAAAUCUACCCUGCAUGAGGGCAGAACAACCCCAUGAGCUGAGAUCUCAGAUCAAACUUAAACGUAGAGACAAAAGAAAGCCAUCUAAAAUGCCAGCAUUCAUCUCUUUCUGAAUCCUGUGACCAGCUGCCUCACAGUCCACAGCCAUAAACUUUACCGCCAUGCUAGACUGUGUUUCCCUAAACCGUAAGCCAAGAUAGAUGCUUCCUUCUUUCAGGAAGUAGCUUUUGUAGAAUACUUUGUUACAGUUACAGCAAAAGUAACUAAUGCAGCAAGGUUCUUACACAUGCAGCAUUUCAUAGAUAAAAAGAUGGAAAAUGCCUGAUGAGAAACCCAGGCUUAGCUCGAGCCACUGACAAGGGUUGCUCUCGCACAAAGGUAGACCAGUUCACCAGUGGCAUGGGAUAAAGAGCUCAAAAGUAGAUCCAUGUAAGUGUCAUUGGAUCUAUGAGAAACAAGGAAUUGUUUGGUGGGUGACGUUGGUGUUUUUCUACAGAAGCAACAGUGACAGUAAGUGUUCUAUACAUCUGGAUACCUGAACAUCUUAGAUUCCCUUUAGAUAUUUACUUCAAGUAUCUAGAUCCUUAACCAUCAUCCUACAUAACUUGCUUGAUAUUUUGACAAAUACAGGGUUAAAGACUGGAGGAAGAGAAUCGUGUGUCAAAGGAAACUGCUUGUAAGGGGUAGUGGCUUGGUGAAGGAAAAAAAUUCCAAGUGGGUGGGUUUAUUGCCCACUUUUAUUGUGGCAAGAGUAAACCUUAACAUUAUGAGUCAUUAGGAAAGUUGUUCUUUUUUUAUAUAUUUAGUCUGUAUCUCUUGCAAGAAUUUAUAAUGAUGGAUUAGAGUAUGUGUAGGGGUGUAUGCUCAUUUUCUUGUGUGCACCUACUGCACACUUAAAAGAAUAAACAUUUCUGCAAAAGUCAGUCUGGCGGCUUUGAAAAAGACUAGGCUUGGGCAGAUCAACAGCCCUCUUAGGGAAUUAUGCCAAAACCCAUUACACACCAACCCACUUCCAAGUAAAAGCCUCAAGGAUGGGCCUUUUUUUUUUUUUCCUCUUUACUAAAUGCAAAGAACCAAAACAACUGUAAGUGGGGGGGGGGGUAAGAAACA